CUUUGAUAGGAGUUCAUUAUUCACCUGAGUCACACACGUGGUUGUAAACUUGUGGUUCAGUGGAAUUAUCCAUGAGGAAGAACAGAAGUUUAAAUGCCAGCGACUGACCGCAUUUCAAUGGUUCCUUUCUUGACUUUCUCACACACAACCAUCCAGCAGAGGGCAAUAAGUCCACAAUUCAAACGCAAAGAAUUAGCCACCAUGUGUCAUUUUGUCUGGUACGACAACAAAUGCUCCAGCUGCGGCAUCCCCUUUGACCGCAAACUCACCAAGUGCGAAUACGUUCAUGCACGAGUCCCGCGACCUGCUUGCGACAAAAUAUAUCUGAGAGACAACCAGCCGAACUUUAGGUGUCAGGAUUGCACAGCUCUAGAGACGCCAUGGAGGAGAGUCGAAUUCGUGGUGGAUGCUAUCGAGGGGGACGCCAACGCUAACGAGGGGGGCUAUCGCAGUGAUUACCCGACUGACGAGGACUGCAAAGAUGGUGAUUACGAGGGUGACGAAGAGUCAGCUUCCUCUGAAGACGACGGUGAUGUAGAGUCUCAACGGGGCAUUGGGAGCUUGAAAAGAGAGCCGGGGCGCUCUACCUGGCAGGGGACAAGGAGGAGUUUGAAAAGGGUGUACAAAGAACACGGAAUUAGACGAGUUGGAAUACUAAACUGAAUGGCAUAGGUACCAAUAGCUAGCAGGUUCAUAUUGAGUCAGCGCCGCC